AUGACGCUUACUUCUGCAUUCACAGAGGUACCUUACUCGGCCCCCGAACCGCUUGUCAAGGUUUUAAAUAAAUGUGCCAAAGACCAGAACCCAAACAAGAUUGAUGUAACCAUUGGGGUAUACAUGACAGAAGACGGAGAUUCGUCCUAUGUUUUCCCAAGUGUGAAGCAAGCCAAACAAGAGCUAUUGGUAAAGGAUCCAGGUCACUGCUAUACUAAGAUGUCGGGUGUUCCUGAGUUUAUCAGAGGAAGCCAAAAUUUGAUUUUUGGCGAGUAUGCCAAAGAUGGCAGGGUUGCAUCUAUUCAGACUAUAUCAGGAACUGGAUCAUUGCAUAUUGCUUUCCAGUUUUUGAGGAGCAUUGGCUACAAUAGAUAUUAUUUAGGUAAUCCGAGCUGGGUAAAUUAUUACCCAAUGAUUGAAUCUAUUGGAGGAGAAAUCAAGGAGUAUCAAUAUUACGAUAAUCUGACUCAUGAAGUUGAUUUCGAGUCUUUGGAAAAAGCUAUUCGUGAAGCCGAGCCCCAGUCUGCAUUUUUAAUCCAAUUAUGUGGACAUAAUCCAACUGGAGUUGAUUAUUCAAAAGAUCAAUGGAGGCAAAUUAGCAAAUUGGUUAAAAACAGAGAAAUCUUACUAGUUAUUGACUCUGCCUAUCUUGGUUUUGCCAGUGGCUCAAUAUAUGAAGAUUCUUGGGCUAUUAGGUAUUUGUAUGAACAGAACCAUGAAUUUUUGGUGUGUCAAUCAUAUUCUAAAAAUAUGGGGUUAUACUCAGAAAGAAGUGGAGUUAUACAUGUUGUACUGCAAGAUACCAGAUUAAGAGAUAAUGUAGAAAGCAGACUAGUUGCAAUUUUUAGAAAUGAAUGCUCUUUUGCCCCGGCAUAUGGGGCAAGAAUUGGAGCCAAGUUAUUGAACGAUGAUUAUUUGAAUAAAAUAUGGGGGAAAGAUGUUUAUAGUGUUUAUGAAAGAGUGACCAAUAUCAAAAGACAAAUAUUUAACAAGCUAACUGACUUGGAAACUCCUGGAAAUUGGGAAUUUGUUACCAAGGCCAAAGGAUUAUUUUGGUUUUCAGGUUUGGAUAAAAAUCAAGUUAAUAGGAUGAUGAAUGAAUAUAGUAUUUAUAUGAGUGAAAAUGGGAGGGUCAAUAUUGCCGGUAUAAAUUCAUCGAAUAUUGAUUAUUUCUGUUAUGCAAUUAAUAAAGUUGUAUCACAAUCAUAA